AUGGCGUCUUCUGUGGUGGUUUCCCUUCUCAUCCUCUCAGCUGCUGGGCUACUUCCGCUUCUCGCAUACAGCAAGGGCGGAUUUUCCAUGGAGCUUAUUCACCGCGAUUCACCAAAAUCUCCUUUUUACGACCCCACCUCCACCGCUCACUCCCGCCUCAAAGCGGCCGCCCAACGUUCCCGCGCCCGCGCCACCUACUUCCGACAAGCCAUGCAAAAAAGCACACUCUCCGAAUCCCCUGCAUCAGCCCCCGCAGCUGCCGACAACUUCUACUCCGAUAUCACACCAAAUACCUUCGAGUAUCUGAUGAGCAUCUACUUGGGAUCUCCUGCUGAGAAGAUCCUCGCCAUCGCCGACACGGGCAGCGACCUUAUUUGGAUCCAAUGCAAGCCAUGCGACGAGUGUUACCACCAGUCAGCCCCCUUAUUCGACCCGCAAGCCUCCUCCACCUACAAAGUCGUCUCUUGCGAGGCAGAAUCAUGCUCUGCUUUACCACAGGGCAGUUGCGGUUCUGAAUCCCAGUGCGAGUAUAACUAUGCCUAUGGUGAUGGAUCCUUCGUUGAUGGCUUUCUCUCCACGGAGACAAUCAGCUUCGACGCCAUCGGCGGCCGCCGCGUCCAAUUCCCCAAAAGCUUCUUCGGCUGUACCCAUCGCAGCAAUGGAACCUUUGAUCAGAACGAAGGAGGUCUCGUUGGCCUCGGGGGAGGGCAGCUCUCUCUCAUCCGCCAGCUCGGCUCUGCCAUCGAUAAUAAGUUCUCCUACUGCCUCCCUUCCGCAGACCAAACAUCUGCCACUAGCCGUCUUAACUUCGGCUCGAACGCAGUCGUCCCAGGUGGCUCCAAUGGCGCGGUCACCACUCCGUUGAUCCCCGGCUACCCCGACACCUUCUACUUCCUCAGCCUCGAGCAGAUUAGCGUGUCCGGACAAGCCGGAGCAGUAAACGUGAAGCCGGCAGCGUCGACAAAUGCGAAAAAAGCCAAGGAUGUUGGGGGCAAUAUCAUCAUUGACUCCGGCACCACCCUCACUCUCAUUGACGAUGAGGCAUUGCAGUCCGUGACAAGCAAGGUUUUGAGCAGCGUGAAGCUUCCGCGAGUGACGGAUCCCGAAGGGCUAUUCAGUCUAUGCUUCGAUGUGUCUGGUGAAGGGGGAAAUAAUGCAAAAUUCCCCGACAUAACCUUCCACUUCUCCGGCGGCGCGGCAGUCGUUCUGCACAAGUCAAAUGCCUUCAUCGAAUCCGCCACCAAUGUUCUGUGCCUGGCUUUGAUAUCCAGCGAUGGAAUUGGUAUCAACAUCUUCGGUAAUAUCGCACAGCAAAACUUCCAUAUCGAAUACGAUCUCGGCGCCAUGCAGCUCACAUUGGCACCCGCAGACUGCGCCCAUCUCUAA